CAAAUUGCCCAACACAAUUUUGUUUUUGUUUAUGCUAAUAAUUAUACCAAGAAGAGUACUUGGUCCAAGUCAAAUCUGCUACUCCCUCCCUCCUUCCCUCUCCUCCGCCAUCGACGGCUGCUCUGACUCUCUCUCUCCGGCGCUUCUCAAUCGGAAAAGCUCAAGCUCACGCUCAGCUCCGAGGCUCGGAAUUCGAUCGGUUUCGGGUUUAAUGGGUACGCCCAUGGAAGAGGGCGUAGAUGAAGGCUCGCUUGGAAAAUUGCAGCCGAAACGGGAGCCUAACACUGGCUCUCUUGAAUCGGAGACAGAACACAAAGUGAGUGAUGAACUGGUGACAGCUGAGGGGGUUUCUGGUAAGGUGCAGAAGAGAUUGAGCCCUAAUGUUAAGGCAGAAGCAUCUGAAUCAAGUGAAAGGAAAGAUGGGGUUCCUGAUAAGUGUGAAACUGUGCCAAGUGAUAUGCAGCGAAGACAGGGUGUUGUUAAUGGGAGUUCUGCAUCGUCACAGUCGGAGAAGGAAAAAAGUUCUCAUUCUGGGAUUCAAGUGAAAGAUGGAGAGGAAGUUCAGCAGAAACAGGGCGUAGGGAGUGACACUGAUGCUGCUUCACAGUUUAGCCAAGUUUCUAUUGUACCAAAGAAGGAGUCUGAUUCUGAUGGCACUGGGCAUGAACAGAGUAACGAUGAAAAAAUUCGUGGGUCAGAAACCCUUGCUCUCUCUGUAAUUCCUGAAAAGAAUUCAGAUAAUCCACAGCAAUUACAAAUUCAGAGCAUGGAGGUCCUUGCUACUCAUUCUAAUCAAGCAAGAGUGACUUAUGUCAAACCACAUGAAAAAGGUUUAGAUAAAUUGCAGCCUAGGAGGAACCCUGAAAUUGGUGCCCACACACCACAAUUUGAUCAAAGAAGUGCUCCUUCAAAAGCCCCUGAAAAACCAUCAGAAGAUGGUUACAACUGGAGAAAGUAUGGACAGAAGCUUGUUAGAGGAAAUGAAUUUAUUCGGAGUUAUUAUAAAUGUACUCACACUAAUUGCACGGCAAAGAGGCAAGUUGAGAGAUCUCAAGAUGGUCAUAUCACAGAAAUUAACUACAUUGGAAACCAUGAACAUCCUAAACCUCAAAAUAGCCCUCAGAUAUCUGCUCCGACUAUUCUCCCUAUCCAAAUGAGAAGACCAGACUUGCCUAUCAUGACUCCUUCUGAAGGUACGCAAUCUGUUACACAGGGGGAAAAGUGCGAAACUCCUGAGCCAAAACAGAUUACAUCACCAGUAGGUGUUGCUUCGGCUGAUAUAGGUGCAAGGGAUUCAGUCCUCCAGUCACAUAAUUUGCGAGAUGAGGAUGAUCACUGUGGUGGUCCGGAUUCAAAAAAGCAGAAGAAAUGCCUUUCUAGUUCUGAUGACAAUAAGCCUCAUGGUGAGCCCAGGCAUGUUGUUCAGACUAUGAGUGAGGUGGAUAUAGUGAAUGAUGGCUACCGCUGGCGCAAGUAUGGACAGAAAUUAGUAAAAGGAAACCCAAACCCCAGGAGCUAUUACAGAUGCUCAAAUGCAGGGUGUCCAGUGAAGAAACACGUCGAGAGGGCGUCCCAUGAUCCGAAAGUGGUUAUCACAACAUACGAAGGGCAGCACGACCACGACAUACCACCUUCUAGGACUAUUACCCAAAAUUCAGGAGAGGGCGAUGCCACAAGUGGAGAGUCAAGACCCGAAUCAGGUGAAAACAAACAUGUGGGCCUCGAUAUGGUUGUUCACAUUGGUGCUAAUUGAAGAUGGAAUACCUAUGCUGAAUUAGAGCAUCGCGCUGAGGUUUAUGAUCACGAUUGCCCGAUCAUUAUGGUCCAUAGAUUUAACUGCUUAGUUUGUGACAGGGUGUGGAAAAAGCUCAUAUUCAUUGUACAAAUUAUAUUAUUGACCAACCAAAUGUAGAUUGUCAUAAAUAUCUAAUCUUGAUACCUCAUCUUACUGGCUGGCUUAUUGAAUUGAGCUUGUAUGUAUUCUACAUGCAUCAACAUGGUGUUCUGAU